AGUAUCGCCACUAGUUGGCAGUAAUGCGACACCAAAGGUUCGAGCUGCCUUUAAACCUCAAAGAAGAAGAAGAAGAAGAAGAAGAAGAAGAAGCACUUACAAGCUCGUAUCACGCACAUUGAUAUCGGCGGGACAUAAAAUAUCACAGAAAGAUGGCUGAGACUGAUGUUGAUAAUGAACUUCUGGACUAUGAGGAAGAUGAGGAGCCCCAGGGAGCCCCUGAGAGUGGAACCCCAGCAAACAAGAAGGAGGUGAAGGGGUCCUAUGUAUCCAUCCACAGCUCCGGCUUCAGAGACUUUCUCCUCAAACCAGAGCUGCUCCGUGCCAUUGUUGACUGUGGUUUUGAACAUCCCUCAGAAGUCCAACAUGAGUGUAUUCCCCAAGCUAUCCUGGGCAUGGACAUCCUCUGUCAGGCCAAGUCUGGCAUGGGAAAGACAGCUGUGUUUGUACUGGCGACCCUGCAGCAGAUAGAGCCUGUGGAUGGUCAGGUGUCUGUCCUUGUAAUGUGCCACACACGGGAGCUGGCCUUCCAGAUCAGCAAAGAGUACGAGCGCUUCUCCAAGUACAUGCCCACUGUCAAGGUGUCAGUGUUUUUCGGUGGCAUGACCAUCAAAAAGGACGAGGAAGUCCUGAAGAAGAACUGCCCUCACAUCGUCGUGGGAACUCCAGGACGUACCCUGGCCCUCAUCCACAACAAGACCCUGAGCCUGAAGAACAUUAAACACUUUGUGCUUGACGAGUGCGAUAAGAUGCUGGAGCAGCUGGACAUGAGGCGUGAUGUCCAGGAAAUCUUCAGGCUGACACCCCAUGAGAAACAGGUUAUGAUGUUCAGUGCAACGCUAAGCAAGGAGAUCCGCCCCGUCUGCCGCAAGUUCAUGCAGGAUCCCAUGGAAGUGUUUGUGGAUGACGAGACCAAGCUGACCCUCCAUGGCUUACAGCAGUAUUACUGCAAGUUGAAGGACAGUGAGAAGAACCGAAAGCUCUUUGACCUGCUCGAUGUACUUGAGUUCAACCAGGUGGUGAUCUUUGUUAAGUCAGUACAUCGCUGUGUGGCUCUGUCCCAGCUGCUGGUGGAGCAGAAUUUCCCUGCCAUUGCAAUCCACAGGGGCAUGGCGCAGGAAGAGCGGUUAUCCCGGUACCAGCAGUUUAAAGACUUCCAGCGGCGAAUCCUGGUUGCGACCAACCUGUUUGGCCGAGGGAUGGACAUUGAGCGAGUCAACAUCGUCUUCAACUACGACAUGCCAGAGGAUUCUGACACAUACCUUCACAGAGUGGCCCGUGCUGGCAGGUUUGGGACCAAAGGCCUGGCUGUCACCUUUGUGUCAGAUGAGGCCGAUGCUAAGACCCUGAAUGAUGUCCAAGACCGCUUCGAGGUCAACGUGGCAGAGCUACCAGAGGAGAUUGAUAUCUCCUCCUACAUUGAACAGUCCAGAUGAGUCUGAAGAGUCUUUCCAGUGAAGCUUGUGUGUGUGACCCUUGGUGAUGCUGUAUUUUGGCGAAGGGGAAAAAACUUAUUUUAUUUCCCACCAUAAAUGUUGGCAAGUUCAUAAUGAUAAAAACCUUUUUUUAUUUUAUCACAUCUUUUCAGAGUGCUUGUUUUAGUGUUUCCCUCGUUAUAACCAUGGAUAUAUUGUUUUGGUUGAAGAAAUAAAGUUUUUAUACCUUA